UAAACUAUCGCCUCGUUUCCUCCCUGGACUGUAUGGCUGGUAAGUGUCGGGUCGGAGAAGGUGUCGACAGCAGCGGAUAGCUACAAAGUGUUUGCUACGUUCCAGACAGUCUUAGCACAUUUCGGGAAGAAAGAAGCGAGGGUGAAGAGAUGUCGAAAACCUAUGAUUACCUUUUUAAAUUGCUACUCAUCGGGGACAGCGGUGUCGGCAAGACAUGUCUCCUCUUCCGAUUCAGCGAAGAUGCGUUCAACACCACCUUCAUAUCAACAAUAGGUAUUGACUUCAAAAUCAGGACGGUAGAGUUGGAUGGAAAGAAGAUCAAGCUCCAGAUAUGGGACACAGCAGGUCAGGAGAGGUUCAGGACCAUCACAACAGCCUACUACAGGGGAGCUAUGGGCAUCAUGCUAGUGUAUGACAUCACUAACGAGAAGUCCUUCGAGAACAUCAAGAACUGGAUCAGGAACAUCGAAGAGCAUGCGUCCUCUGACGUGGAGAGGAUGAUCCUAGGGAACAAGUGUGACAUGAACGACAAAAGACAGGUGUCAAAAGAACGAGGAGAAAAGUUGGCAAUCGAUUAUGGGAUCAAGUUCUUAGAAACAAGUGCAAAAUCCAGCCUGAAUGUGGAAGAGUCCUUUUUCACACUGGGGAGAGACAUAAUGACGAGACUCAACAGAAAAAUGAACGACAACAACCCUCCAGGAGGAGGUGGGCCGGUGAAGAUCACAGAGAACCGCUCAAAGAAGAGCAGCUUCUUCAGAUGUUCACUGUUCUAGUGGAUCAAUCCUCUCCUUUCCAUGGACUGGUACAACCUUUACCUUCCCUGCUGCUUCCCCCUGAG